GCGGUGGCCCGGCUGCCCCCAGCCCCGCGUCUGCGGGGUAAGUAAACACAGAGCUCUAAAGGCUUCAGAGCUUAUUGUUGAUCAAACUUAAAAGUCAGCUCAUCAGGAAACUUAAGCUUUAUUUUUUAGUCAAUACACGUUAAUAGUAAAUAACACUUCAUACCUUCGUGUCCCAGACCACCUCUGCUCUGAAGGCAUGGGGGGCCGUCUGCAGCUGUCCCCGAACGCCUCCGGCGUCCACCAGCUGGUGGACCCGGCUGUGGACAGGUCUGCGGAUCUUCAGCAGCUGGGCGACUGGCCCACUCUGAACACAGACAUCGACCCGCUGGUCGUCGCCACCUUUCACAACCCGCCGUACACAAUCGUGGACCCUCAGGACUCUCAGAACGUGACCGGUUACCUGGCCGAUCUGAUGUCGGUCCUGUCCGAGGAGAUCGGCUUCUCCAUCCAGUACGACAUCAACAACACGGUGGGCGACUUUGGCGUGCAGCGGCCGGACGGCACGUUCAGCGGACUGGUCGGCAGGCUCGUGGACAAGAAAGCUCACGUGGGCUUGGCAGCCAUGUCCUGGCGGCGAGAGAGGCAGUCGGUGGUCGACUUUGUUGGAAAGGUUCCUGUAGCUGUGGAAGAGAUUAAUUUCUACGUACCGGGACGACCACAGGCUAGCAUGGACGAGAUGGAGUCACUGCUAACACCGCUGGACAAAAAUGUCUGGAUCUGCCUAGUGUGCAGUAUGCUGGUGGCGGCCAUCUUGCUGCGGGUCACCGUGUUCGUGACCCGACCCCGUGACCCGGAGGACGUGCGCACGUUCGACGCCGCCUCCAGCCUGCUGCACGUACUCGGCUGUGUCGUCCAGCAGAGCUGGGCCAGCACUCCGAGCAGCUACUCGCCUCGUCUAGUGACUCUGGCUGCCCGUGUGCUCGGUAUCCUCAUCUACGUCGAGUACACCGCUGUGCUCGUCUCUGUGCUGACCGUGCUCCGGGUACAGACGGAUAUCGCCUCAGUGGAGGAGUUUGUGGCCAUGUCCGACUGGUCGCUGCUCAUCCAGCCAGGAGUGGCCUACACGGGAGACUGGAAGACAAGUAAAGAGGGUGCACUCAGAACUCUCUACCGGCGACUGGAAGACAACGAGCGGAUAAAAAUCUUCGCAGUGGAGAACGCCAACCAGAUGUUUGACGGGAAAACGGUCACAACCUUCGACAGACAGCAGGCAUUUAUUCUUCUCGGAGCGAAGGCAUGCGAUCUGGUAUCGCUGCCGAUAGAGCGACCGAUCAACGAAAAUGAGGGGACAACCGUUUAUCGGUCCCAGAAAAAAGACCCCGGAUUCCUCGUCAUGCAGAAAAACAUGAAGAUCAAAAAGGAAAUCGACAGAGUGAUGCUAGUCAUGUACCAGAGCGGCACGCUGAACAGCCUGUUCAACCGCUGGUUCUGGAACGCCACCAAUCAGGAGUGUGCCACCUCUGUGAGCCUGCGGCCGCUCUCCUUUCCAGAACUGAGCGCCAUAGUCUACAUGGUUCCGGCAGGUGUUGUUCUCAGUAUGGCAGUCCUGCUGCUCGAGUGUCUAUUCGUCUACUGCGCGAACAGCACGGACAUCUACUACAACUACAGAGAGGAGGAUCUCCCGAUCAAACACGACCUUUGGAGGAUGUGAUCACGGUGAUCAUUGCCAUCACGACCUAUGGAGGACGUGAUCACCCCAAUCUUUGGAGGAUGCGACCGCCAAGACCUGUGGAGGAUCUGAUCAUCGCGACUUUAUAUGAUCACAAUGGCAAAAAAUUGUGACAUGCUUAGGAAGCCUGAUGAUGUUUAUCAUUGUGAUGGUCAAAUUCAUGUGUGAUCCCUCGAUGUCGAAUGAUCUGUGCAGUGUGCAUGAGCGCAUGUUUUGGCGAGAAAUAUAGGCCGAAAACAGA